GCGUCGUCGGAUGCUGCGCCUCCGCUCGUCGCUGCCUCUACUGCGCAGCCGCAGUUCCUCCAGGACGCAGAGAGCAGAAGAGGGAGACAGAAAAAUGGCCCUCGAUAAUUUAAUUUUCGCUCAGUGCAUCCUGUAUUUUUUAGCUUUCGUAUUCGGUUUUAUCGCCGUAGUGCCUCUGUCUGAGAACACGGAGGAUUUCGGGGGGAAAUGCCUGCUCUUCACGCGGGGUAUGUGGCAAAAUGAGAACAUCACUGUAUCGAAGCAGCGCUUCAUCGUGGAGGAGUGGGGACCCGAGUCCUCCUGCAGCUUCAUCACUUUUGUCGGGAUAGCGUCCCUCAUCCUGUCCGCAGUGCAGGCAUGGAGGCUGCUGUUCUUUCUGUGCAAAGGACACGACGACUCCAUCUUCAAUGCCUUUCUCAACCUGCUGAUCAGCUCCCUGGUGGUGUUCACAGUCUUCCUGUCCAGCACAAUUGUCAGUGUGGGUUUCAACAUGUGGUGUGACUCCAUCACAGAGAGUGGGACCAUGCCUAGCAGUUGUGAGGACCUGCAGGACACUGACCUAGAACUGGGCCUGGACAAUUCUGCUUUCUAUGACCAGUUUGCUAUAGCUCAGUUUGGCCUGUGGGCUGCCUGGCUCACCUGGCUUGGGAUCGCAGUGAUGGCCUUCUUGAAGGUGUACCACAACUACAGACAAGAAGACCUGCUGGACAGCCUGAUCCAUGAGAAAGACCUGCUGCUCGGCCGCUCCUCACGCCGCGGCUCUGACCUCAAGACCGGCCUGAUCUAGAAACCUGAAGACGCACAAACACACACAUACUCACACUCAGUACAGUACUCUCUCGCCUGCCAUGAGAAACACCAGUGUUUGCCUAUGUAGACAAUCAAAAUGAAUUGGCUCUUGCUCCCAUUGCCCUCAGAUUGAAUCAGACAGAAGGUUUUAGCUUUGUUCUCCAAAGAUAAUUGAUCUCCCAUCAAAAAAACUCUCCCUAUUAUUGUUAAUCCUGCGGUGUUGAAUUUUUCACCCACUGUGUGCAUUCCUCUUUAAGACACACAACCAUAGGUCAGCGCUGAUAUUAAUACCAUUUAAUGGAAAUAUACACCCCGUUUUCCCAACUGAACACAGUAUUGAUGACUUGGACCAAUUGGCCGAUAGAUCAUGUUGUCUUUGUGAAUCUUCUGCAUGCACCUAAUGCAUGACAAUUUAAUAGGGUUGGUGGUUUUUAGAUGUAAAGGGAUGUUCUUUUCAUUUUAUACACCAAUAAAUGUGUUAAUUAAGUAGGCUUCUUUCUAGUAGGAUGUACACUGCAGACUACUUAAAGAAUUUUUUGCAUGCUGCAGCAAAGCAAAAUGAUGUGUGCUUUUGCAGUGUAUUCAUACUUUUAUCAACAGCUACAAACCGUAUUUUAUAAAAAUGACAAAUUGUAGUUCAGAACAUUCAUGUAUUGGGCGACCAGUCCAAAAUUGCUUUUAGCACUCUGUGAAAGAUAAAAAACAAAACAAAACAAACAAAAAAACAAAAAACAAAAACAAAUCCUAUUAUGUGCCAUAUACAUUAGUAACUCAGGCUUUUCCUUCACUUUAGAAGCUACAAACCAAUAUACUGUAUUACUGUGAAUAGACACACAAAUGUACCUGCAUGCAUCUCUCUCUCUGACACAUACACAUCACACACACUCACUUGCUGCCAGAGAUUACAGGAAGAAAGCAAAUCACCUGAGUGACUUUUAUAGGCAAUGACAGUUUUAUUCAAAACAAGUGAAAUCAUAAAACGGUAGGAACUAAGAAAACCCUCCAUAAAGGCACUUCUUUCAAAGUGACCAUAAAUGUUUGGACAGCCGUGAAUUGCAGCUUCUAAGCUAAAUGCGCAUACACAGGAUUUGAGUUCACUGGGUGUCGCUUUAUUGCUAAUGACAAUUUAGUUUGACAGUACAGAGUGAAGAGUAUUUCUUUCUUCCAUACAGGCAUUAUUAUUAUUAGCCUUAUUGCUUUGACAUUCAGACGUGAAACCUCCAAAAUCCUUUGCUUUUGAGUUCCCUGAAACCUGUUAUAUAAAGAACAAUGUUUUACUCGAAACCUGGAAACUAUGUGGUGUGUGUUAUUGCUCAUAAUGAGAGGUCUGUGGGAUGUGCGUCACUGUGCCCUUUGAUUCUUAUAAUCCAUUUGUGUGGUGGUUUUGCUGUUUGAAUUAUAUUUGAUAAAGGAACUCAUACAAUAA